AUGGCUGAAUUGGAGAAUAUUGAAGAGCCCCCACAGAAGCGGUCACGGCCCAACGAAGACGAGAAUGGCGCCACAAACGAUGCAACAGAAGCUGAGGAGGAUGAGGAUGACGAUGAGGAAGAAGAAGUGGUCCUUGUUGCUGGAAAAACGGUUCCCCUUCAGCGAGGUCACAUCGGAGAUGGUGGCAGAGAUGACCGAAGAGGAACGAGAUCGAUAUACGGCCUAUUAUGCAAGAGAAUUUGUAUUACUAAUAGAUGA